CACUAUCAUAAGUUAUUUUUAUUGAAAAAAAUAUUGUGCCUAAAUAAAUAUAAAUAUAAAGAAAAAAAUUAAUGCUUUCAUCAAAAUGUUCUCGAUCACUUUUGCUAGGCACAAAUCAACAUUCAGUUUCAAAUUUAUUAGCAUUACUACAAAGAGGAAUUCGAAUAAGCGUUUUUAAUAUGAAUCAUUACAAAGCAUUAGGAUUACCACCAAAUGCAACUCAAAAUGAUAUAAAAGCUGCAUAUUACAAGCUAUCAAUGCUUUACCAUCCGGACAAAAAUAAGGGGAGUGAUGACGCUGCUAAAAAAUUCCGUGAGAUAACUGCUGCAUAUGAAGUUUUAGGAAAUCUUAGAUUAAGGAGGCUCUAUGACAAAGGAAUCAUACAUACAGCUGGAGCGCAAUAUGCAAGCGAACCACAAUUUGAAGAAGACGAUCCACAAACUAAAUUUUAUAAAGCUAGAGAAAAGCGAGCAGAGGUCCCCCAUGCUGAAGGGAAAACAACUAUUUAUGAUUUUGACGAAUGGUCUCAAGCUCAUUAUGGUUCAACGUUCGAUAGAAAACAAAAAGCUAAAAAACGGUAUGAAGUCAAGGAGGCUCAGAAACGUGAAUACAAACUAACAUCGCAAAAUGAAAUUUUGUUUUUUUCAAUUCUUUUAGGCAUUGUCAUUUUUAAUUUAUUAAUGAUUAAAGAUUAUGAUAAGGAUAAAACAAAGAAAAAGAGUGAAGAUAGAUAAAUUUAAGUUAUUCCUAGUUCAAUUAGGGGUAAAUUAUUUAAAACAAAUCCUAGUUCAAUUUGUAAAUAAAAUAUUUUAAAGUAAUUUACGCAAAUAUAUGAAAUUUGGCAAAUGUUUAUUUUUUGCCUUUUAA